AGUUCAGCGCCUUCAUGUUCGUCGCAUACUCACAGUAGACUGAGGUGUAUCAUCUUACAUUCCAAAAGACAUAUCGCUUAUCCACCAUAAGGAGUCAAAGGUGAUGGCACGUAUCACGCGCCCUCGACAAAAAAUGGCGAACACGACUGAUUCACCUGCAACGGCCGGCAGCAGCCUCCUUUCAUCUUCAACAACAACACCAUUUCCCACCUCGACAACAUCGGCAGCAACUUAUUCGAGCGAGAACUACACCUUCAACUAUAGUGGUUUGUCGAAUCUGGGCGGCUACUCGCUGGACGAUUUCAACUACACGGAACUGUGGUUGGACGUCUGGAAUGGCACUGAGGUCAGCAAUGUCACCGAGAGACUGAACGCGACGGUGUUGUUAUCGAGUAGCUAUUGUGAUGAAUGGGAGGCUGCUCAGCAUAAGCUCUUCCAGGCAGCAAAUUUAUUUUUUGCGGCUGCGUUUCUGGUGCCACGCUCGUUCAAGGCUUCCGUCUUGGCUCUUCGCACGUUUCUCACGGCAGGUUUCAUGUUGGCGGCUCUCUGGGCCGGGUUCACCAUAUGCGCUCUAGAUGCCAUGUUAUGGUGCUUGGCCCUUGGUCUGUUAAACGGCAUUCAUUCGUUGAUACUUGCCUGUCGAUUCCUGCCCCCGGCUCUUAGCCCCGAACUAGCCGAACUUUAUUUGAAGCUCUUCAAGCCUUAUAAGGUUAGCAAGAAGCAUUUCCAAGAACUGGCAAAGGAGGCGAGAAUACUCAAGUUGGAUUCCGAUCAGACUUACGCAACGGAAGGGGUCACGCCGGCGGAUAGGAGGCUGUCUAUUCUUUUACGUGGAAAAAUGAAGGUAACUUGUGACGGAACUCACUUGCACUACAUCAGAGCCUACCAAUUCGUCGACUCGCCUGAAUGGGAGGCCACGCAUGAAAACGAUGCCGACGUCUUCCAGGUGACGAUACUAGCCGAGGAGCCCAGUACAUAUAUCUGUUGGACCAGAAUGAAGUUACUCAGGGUGCUCCGGCAUAGGCCAUUGCUCAAGGUCGUUCUCAACACUCUCAUCGGUAAGGACAUUACGUCCAAGUUGUAUGCCCUUAACGAGCAGCUCGCUGGUGUCGCGGCCGCCAGUGAGAACGCCACGUCGAAUCCUUACAGGGGGGUCACGAGAAGCCUCAGUGUCGAUGCUGUUAAUACAGAAACCGCCGGAAGGGUUCGAUCGACGACCUGGAAAGUGCAGAAACAGUAUAGCAAUUUGCGUAGUGACAGGAGUUCUUUGGCCCGGUAUUCCAACCAGUACUGGGCGCCGGUAGUGGCAAAUCAUUUUCCGCCAACCUCGCCGUUCAUUCAAAGCCAAAACCUCGGCUACUCGUUACUGCCGCAGGGUGACCAGUUCUCGCCACCUCCGCGAGCACCCGUGCUGACCCACCACCCUCCCGUGGCGCGACAGCGAAGCGGGGAUACUGGCGGCGAUUACACCCUGCUACCUCAAACACCGAAGCUCGAGAGGAAACGUUCGAGAAAAGGGACUCGAGAGGUGACCUUCGAGACACCGGUAUGACGCUCGCCCGACGGGG